UUGACAGUUGACAGUUUGAUACUUUUGUCAUGGGUCGGUGUUAAAAAGUUGUUAUUUUUUGCAUUAAAAUAUAGAAAUUAGUACAUUUCAGAUCUAAAAUCUGAGUAGAAAGAAAUAUAUGAAAAGAUACUUCAAUUUAUGAUGGAAACAUAUACCAAUUCAUGGUAUUUACAUGCUCAAAUUAAAUCAAAAUAUAAGUGGGUGUGCGGUGUUUUCUCGUUUAAUCUUUAAUAUCUUUUUUAUUGUGAAGGAACAUGAGAUAAGAUAAUGAUAUUUUUACCCAUAUAAUCUUUUAUGGCCUAAUAUUGGAUUAAUUUCUACUGCAAUAUAAAAAUGCGUAAAAAAUCAACUACUUUCUUUAAUUACAAAUUCAGGAUCUGGAUCUGUUGAAGUUACUUACUAAGUUCAAAUAGCACAAUGGGUAAUAAAACUAGCUGUUGCUCAUAUUCAAGCCCACAAAGUAACCGUAGAGUGAUCAUUCCUAUCGAAGAAACUUUACACGAAGGUGAGGUUAGUGCUUCAAACUUGCAACAUAUUAGUGAAAGGGGAGGAGAUGAUGGAGAAGCUGAUCCAUCUCAGGACCCUAUGACAAAAACUAUAUUUAUUGAAAAAUCAAAAACAGCCAUUGAAAAUGGUAUGAUAAGGAGGAGAAGUCAACAUCAAAUUGCAGAUCUGAGACCUCUUAAAAAAAGUAGUUCCUGUUCUACAAUAUAUUUAGAUGAUAGUACUGUUUCUCAACCAAAUUUAAAAAACACAGUUAAAUGUGUUGCAUUAGCUAUAUAUUACCAUAUAAAAAAUCGUGAUUCUCAGAGAGAAAUAGAUAUUUUUGAUGAAAAAUUACAUCCACUUACAAGAGAUGGUGUAAGUGAUGAUUACGAUAAGUAUAAUCCGGAGCAUAGGCAAAUUUAUAAGUUUGUAAGAACUUUAUUCAAUGCAGCCCAGUUGACUGCAGAAUGUGCCAUUAUAACUUUAGUGUAUCUAGAAAGACUUUUAACAUAUGCAGAACUAGAUAUCCAGCCUUCAAAUUGGAAAAGGAUAGUUUUAGGUGCAAUCCUUUUAGCUUCGAAGGUGUGGGACGACCAAGCCGUGUGGAACGUCGACUAUUGCCAGAUCCUAAAAGACAUCUCCGUCGAGGACAUGAACGAACUGGAACGACAGUUCCUCGAGCUGCUCCAGUUCAACAUCAACGUUCCUUCCAGCGUCUACGCCAAGUACUACUUCGACCUGCGCACGCUGGCCGAGGCCAACGAUCUGACAUUCCCCAGCGAGCCGCUGAGCAAGGACAGGGCCGAGAAACUGGAGGCCAUGUCCCGCGUGAUGGAGGACAAGUACACGGCGGAGGCGAUCAAAAACGGCUUAAAAAAGUGGUCUAGUUUGGACAAUAUAACGAAUGGCGGCAUCGCGUCCCGUAGGAGCGUAGCGAUCUUGUCUUAAACCUAGAAUUUAGACUAACUAGACGCACAAAGAAUACAAGUCUUCAGUUCUUUACUCUCACACUUAAUAUUCCUAAUUUAAUGCCCUGGAGAGUUUAUACAUUUUGUAGGGUGCAGUUAGACAGUAAGUUAUAAUAUUGUAAAACCCGAAAAUUAAGAAAUUGGCGCUUAUCAUGUUUUUCCCUGGACCCUUCAUAUACAGGGUGAGUCAACGA